GUCAAAUUCACGGCAAACAUAAGCGUGACCUUGAGAGAAGACAGACACAGAGCUGUUUUUCAUCCGUAGUGAGAACAUGCAGCCGUGCAAGAUAUCGGUUGAGGAGGCGUACAGCAGCACGCAGGCGGCGGGCGUGAAUCUAUCUGGCCACGUCCUAUAUAAGGUCGAAGCGAAAGCACAGUAGACAGCUGUGUGACGACAACGACGACGACGACACCGACAGCUCCAAUCCGUCACUAGAAUGGACUUGGAGCAUCGGGUAAAGGCCUAUCGUUUCGUCGCCUAUUCGGCUGUCACAUUUUCUGUCGUUGCGGUGCUAUCAGUAUGUGUAACACUUCCUAUGGUCUAUAAUUAUGUACACAAUGUGAAGCGGACUAUGCACAAUGAAGUCAAUUUUUGUAAGGGAUCUGCGAAAGACAUCCUAAACGAGGUGAACCAGCUUCGGCAUAUCCCAACUAGUAACCGUACAGCGCGUCAAGCCGGCUACGGACCUCCUCCAGACGCGGCUGUUACGGGAAUGGUCCAGCACAAUUGCGAAGCCUGCUGUAUCCCUGGCCCUCCUGGCCCACAGGGACCACCAGGAAGGCCGGGUCGACCUGGCAAACCCGGUGUACCCGGAAUGCCCGGUAAACCUGGUCGCCCACCACAGCAGCCCUGUGAGCCGAUCACACCACCUCCAUGCCGACCAUGUCCACAGGGACCACCUGGACCGCCGGGACCUCAGGGACCGCCUGGAGACCCGGGACCAAAUGGAAAGCCUGGAGCACCUGGAUUGGACGGUCCUCCAGGGCCGCCAGGGCCGAAGGGACCACGUGGACCGCCUGGGAAUCCGGGACCAGCUGGACCACCAGGUCCUCCAGGAGAGGAUGCUCAGUCAGAAGGAAUCAUUCCCGGAGAGCCUGGACCUCCAGGACCACCAGGUCCCCCAGGACCACCAGGACCAGAUGGUCUGCCCGGCGCACCAGGAGCACCAGGUCAACCCGGGCCCAAAGGACCGCCUGGACCCGAUGGACCACCCGGACCAGACGGUAAUCCUGGACGUCCCGGACCACCAGGACCGCCUGGCCGACAAGGCGAACCCGGGGAUUUUCUGGACUAUAUUCGUCAGCAAGUUUUCGAGAAUGUGGAUGUGGCUUGGAAAAUUGCCAAUCCUCUUUCUCUGCGUUCAAGUCGUUCUUGUAUCGUUGUACUGUCACUAAUAUGA